AUGAGGCCGCAACUCGCACCACACACGCUCCUCCUCGCCCUCCUCGCCCUCUUGGCCCUAUCCCCAUCUCGCUCGGCCGCCAACUUUGGUGUGGACCCAAAAUCCCUCGCCCACGAACCAUAUCAGUACUUUCACAGCGACGGCGUCGGAGGCGCCAACGCCGCCUGCUGGCUCUCCCGAACCCCCUUCCCCCCACUCGAGGGCUUGACCUGCAACCUCGCCGAGACCAUCAGUCAGAUCAAGGGUCGUCAGAUUCACAUGUGCACCGGAGACCACGGCAAGUUCUGCCAAGGAUGCCAUGAACUCGAAAAGAGACUGACGAAUCCCAAGGAGUUGGUCGCUUGGAAGGUCCAAGGGUGCUAG